AUGCCCAAAGGAAAGGGAGGAAAAGGGGCCAAGGGGACGAAGGUGACGCUCAAGAUUGCUAAAAAGGCCGUUCGGAUGACCCCUGAUGGGUGCUGCAGACUCACCCUGAGCAACAUGGGCAUCGCCAUCUUCCCGAAGUGCCUCCUGAAACUGACCAACCUGACUGAGCUGGACCUGAGCCGCAACCGGAUCCAGAAACUCCCAGACAGCAUUGGGGACUUGGAGUCACUCCGAUGGCUGGACCUCCACAGCAACAAGCUGGAGUCUCUGCCCGAGUCCCUCGGCAAGCUGGUGCUCCUGACCCACCUCAAUCUCUCCAACAACCGCCUCACAUCAGCUGGCUUCCCCGCCACCCUGAGCUCCCUCACCAGCCUCACAAGUCUCAAUCUGGGGAUGAACCAACUCGACACUCUGCCUCCCUCUUUAGAGGCGUUAGACAGCCUCCAGGAGUUAGGCCUGUUUGAUAACCUCUUCAUCAAACUGCCGGAGUUUGUGAAAGUCUAUCCAAAUCUCAAGAAGAUAAAUGUGAAGGGAAACCCGAGUUCACAAGAAGACGGUGGGGUGGGGCUGAGAGGAAAGAAGGAGCGGGAGAAGGACACAUAUCUGGUUCAUGAAAGCAGCCUGUGCAGGACGUGCCUCAAGAAAUGUCAAGUGCAAAGAGAAGGAGGAGGAGGAGGAGGAGGAGGAGGGAGAGACAAAGGUGGGAAAAGUGAGGAAGAAGGUGGCUCUGACUUGUUUGACAAGAAAAAACUGAAGACUUUUUCUGGACUGAUGACGCCGAACUCUGUGGCCAUAGUCAGUCAGGAUGUGUGGAGGAUGAAGGGAAACGUAAAACACACCAACAAAUGA